AUGAUGGGGUUUUUUUCGGUACUAAAUUUGUUGGUGUCCAUUGUAUAUCCGAUAAUCGCAUCAUGCAGAUCAUUCGAAGACUAUACCCUUAUCAGCAAUAGGGUCGCAUCACAAAAUUUCAAAAUUGGCGGCAUUACCGUGCCAUUGAACUUAAUCUACAAUCCCGGUGGUCUCAAUUCAGUUGACGCGAAUGAUGAAAAAGUACUACAGUUACAUUUGAUAUCUAUUCAAAAAUGGUUUAUUUAUUGGAUUGUACUAGCUUGUUUUGAAUUGGUGGAGAGCUUAUUCUCAGUACUAGUCUAUUUGAUACCGGCGUACUCGGUUUUGAGAUUGGGAUUCAAUUGUUGGUUGGUUAUGCCUAUGAUUUCAUUCGGGCAAAGAGACAGUGUUGGUGAAAAUGCUGCAACGUUUGAUAACUCAGUCGAAUGGAAGAAAUUCACUAGUAAUGGAGCAGGAUUGGUGUUCUUUUCGUACAUCAAGCCAUGGAUGGAAAAGAAUAUCAAGAUUGUAAACAGUUUAUCUGCCGACCCAUCAAUUGUUUUACUGGUUUUCAACUUGACUUCUCUGUUGAACUUGAGUAACCUUUUGAAAAAAGUUAGAAUAGGUAGGAAUACAGAGCAGAACGUGAGUGAUGUGACGGGAAGUGUUGCUGAUUAUGCUAGUGCUUUGGAUAGUUCAUUUGUUAUGGUUAUGAAUAUCAAAAACAAAUUUACUGGAAGUGGAGACAAUGCAGAGACUGAAGCGAAAGGGGAAUCAGCAGACGAAGAGUUUGAUGUUAUCAAUUCCGAAAAACCUUCAGCUCCAGAAGCAAAUGUUAGCAAGAGAACAGGGUACUUUUGGUAA